GCCUGGGCGGAGCGCACAGGAAGGAGCUGCGACUCCCCUUCCAGGCACCUGCCACCUAAGUGGCAGCUAGACCAGCAAGCAAGGAGCCAAGGCCACUUGGCAUCAAGACUUCGGAAUGGACCUGUGCCACCCAGACUCGGCCGAGCUGAGCAGUGGGGAGACGGAGGAGCUGCAGCGAAUCAAAUGGCACCGAAAGCAGCUGCUGGAGGACAUCCAGAAGCUGAAGGAUGAGAUCGCAGAGGUGUUUGCCCAGAUCGACUGCUUCGAAAGUUCUGAGGAGAGCCGGCUGGCGCAGAAGGAGAAGGAGAUGUGUAUCGGGCGCAAGAAGUUCAACAUGGACCCCAGCAAGGGCAUCCAGUAUCUCAUUGAGCAUAAGCUGCUGACCGCCGACGUCCAGGCCAUUGCCCACUUCCUGUACAAGGGAGAAGGUCUCAACAAGACAGCCAUUGGCACCUACCUCGGGGAGAAGGACCCUACCAACCUCCAGGUCCUGCAGGCCUUCGUGGACUGCCAUGAGUUCGCCAACCUCAACCUCGUGCAGGCCCUCCGGCAGUUCCUGUGGAGCUUCCGGCUGCCGGGGGAGGCCCAGAAGAUCGAUCGCAUGAUGGAGACCUUUGCAACACGCUACUGCCUCUGCAAUCCCGGAGUCUUCCGGUCCGCAGACACCUGUUACGUGCUGUCGUUCUCGGUCAUCAUGCUGAACACUGGCCUGCACAACCCCAACGUAAGGGACAGGCCACCCUUCGAGCGCUUCGUGACCAUGAACCGGGGCAUCAACGAUGGUGGAGAUCUGCCCGAGGAGCAGCUGCGGAACCUCUUUGACAGCAUCAAGAGCGAGCCAUUCUCCAUCCCUGAGGACGAUGGCGGUGACCUCACCCACACCUUCUUCAACCCCGACCGUGAGGGCUGGCUGCUCAAACUGGGAGGCCGCGUGAAGACCUGGAAGCGGCGCUGGUUCAUCCUCACCGACAACUGCCUCUACUACUUCGAGUUCACCACGGACAAGGAACCACGGGGGAUCAUACCACUGGAGAACCUCUCGGUGCAGAAGGUGGACGACCCCAAGAAGCCGUUCUGCCUGGAGCUCUUCAACCCCGGCUGCCGGGGGCAGAAGAUAAAGGGCUGUAAGACGGCCGGGGACGGCAAGGUGGUGGAGGGCAAGCACGAGUCCUACCGCAUCUCGGCCCCCAGCGCGGAGGAGCGCGACCAGUGGAUAGAGGCGAUCCGGGCCAGCAUCACCCGGGUCCCCUUCUAUGACCUGUUGUCAGCGAGGAAGAAGAAGAUCGCCACCAAGCAGUGAGCUUCCUGGGAGACGGUGCCAGGGACCCUGCGUCCUGGGGCUUCUUGGGACCUGUGGUACCCAGAGACCCGCGUUCCACCCAGCUGCACCUGCACCAGCCUCCCCCUCCUUCACUGCUGGAGCUGACUGUGAGGGAGGAGGAGCCCAGGAGGACACGGCGCCCACGGGGAGGCCCCGGCACCAGUCGCUGUGAAGAGUCCAUGAGGCCCUGUCCUGGGCCACCAUAUCCUAUCCUAGUGCGGAGCAGAGACAAGAGCCAGCCCCGGGCCCAGCCACCUGUGUCUCCUCACGGCCCCCGCCCCGGGCUCUCUCCACCGUGGGGUUUCCUGCCUAGACCAGAUACCUGCUCCUGCUCAGGGGUGUCCCUGCAAGACGUCCACUGUCACAUCGGACUGGGCUCGCCUCAGGAGACUUGGGAGUGCACAGCCUCACACUGACUCCUGCCUGCUGGGUCUCCUCUGCCCAGCGAGUCCCCUCUCUGGUUCUUAGAAAGCUCUAGUGUAAGGACUAGAACCGUCUUGGUCCCGCCAGCCCUGCCGACAUCGCGGCUUCCAGCCGUAACAGGGAGAGCGGGUGACUGGGCCAGACCAAUGGACCUGGAUGGCAGGGGGGGAACUAUUGUGCGGGCUCCACCCCUAUGGGGGGUCAAUGUGCCGAGAACAGCAGAGCGCACCCUGAAGGCAGUGGCAGCACCCUUGGCAGGCAAGACUGGAGCAUGACCGGGCUACAACCGAAAGGCCAUAAAGAGAGGGCUUGACAAAUGAGCAAGAGGCACCCACCGGGAGGGCUGCUUGGAGGCCACGGUGAACCACCAGGUGACACUGGGCUCCUGCUGGGACAGUGUCUUGCCCACAACUCCCCAGUCAUGGUGGUGGUGGCCUAGAGGGUGGGUUUCGGGAGCACCCUGAGGCCCGUCCCAGCUGUGGGACAGAGCGGGCCUGGCGUCCUGUACACAGCGGGCUGCUCUGUCCCCAGCGUAAGCCCUGCCCGGAAGAGGCUUGUUCUUUGAAAAACUUGUCACCACCACCCCCCAUCCCCAGCCCAGGGAGCCCCUGGAGGAAAAUUCCUCAGCAGGACAGCAGGAAAUGGGGCUCCCCUGUGCCCACCACCAGCCCGAAUCCCCUAUGGGAAUGACAGGGCUCCGGCUGUCCUGGUCCUCUCCGGCCUGAGCAUGAGCACACUUCCCACGGAGUCAGGACGAGAAGCAUCACGGGAGUGGGUGAGACCCAGUGUCUGGAAGCACAAACGCACCUGAGAGCCAGGGCGAUUUGCGGAGAGGACCCCUAGGUGGACACUUGGGGACUUCUUGUAGCUGAGUCCAUCUCAGCUCACAUGUGGGGGACAUGGAAGGAGCACCGGGCUGGAGGGCGGGACAAUCUGAGGUUCUCUUCGGCCUCUGGAACACACCAGCUGCGUGACCUCCCUGCCCAGGCCUCGGCUUCUCCACCCCCCCCACACCCCCAUCUCUGAGGAGACCUGUGAUUUACUUUGUCUUGACACUCAGAAGCCAGAAUAAAUCUCACGAUCCCAAUGGUGAA